AUGGAGCUGGAAGACGUUUCCUACAGCUUGGAGAAUGAACAACAAUUCUGGGUUGAAUUAGAGAAGAUAUUAUCCGAGAAAUGUGACUCGCAUGCCCGUAUAGACAAUGCCCUUCGCGCCUACCUGGGGUUCAGCGCCCAGUUUAAAGAUGAAUACCUCGUCAACGAAUAUGACAUUUCUCGCUGCUCAUACAAACUCUUUUCGUCAAGCCUCUUCGCCCAACACGCCGAUUACAUUCGAAGACAGAUAAUAUACAGCUUAUUAGAAGAGGAUGAGCCGGAUAUUCUACAGUUCAUCGUGUCAUUCCUACUCUUUGACGGGCGGCAGAAUGAUAGCACCUUUCUGCUCAUGAACGAAGUCGGCACUUUUCCAAGGCUAUUGAAACUAGUUCAUUCCAUCAAACUUCAAGAUGGUGACGGUGCUGAUCUUCACCGUAUGUUGAUGGAUCUUCUUUAUGAGAUGUCCAGAAUACAACGCAUCAAGAUAGAGGAUUUGGUACUGGUAGAGGACAGCUUCAUUAGGUAUCUCUUCGAUCUCAUUGAAGGUUUAUCUGACGAUGCCCAUGACCCUUACCACUAUCCUGUGAUUCGCGUUCUGCUGGUAUUGAACGAGCAGUUCAUGGUCCUUGCGCACGAUCCUGCCUCUGGGACACCCUCUAAUCCACUCACAAACAAAGUGAUGAAGAUACUUUCCGUAGAUGGAAACAAUUUCAAAACAUUUGGUGAAAACAUCAUCUUACUACUCAAUCGAGAAGGCGAAACAUCUUUGCAAUUGCUCACACUUAAAUUACUCUACCUCAUUUUCACAACUCCAUCUACCUAUGAGUACUUUUACACAAAUGACCUGCGAGUACUCGUUGACAUAUUGAUACGAAAUCUACUGGAUCUGCCGGCAGAAGCUGUCGCUUUGCGACACACAUAUCUACGAGUUCUUUACCCCCUUUUAGCACAUACGCAGCUCAAGGACCCACCUCAUUAUAAGCGCGACGAAAUAAGAAAGACCCUGAGCAUAUUGGUCCACAGCAGAAUUGAAGGAAACGAGCACGACUAUGAAAAGAUUAUGCAUUUUGGUGAAGCUGAUGAUACAACGAAAAGACUUGUCUCUCGGUGUAGUCAAGUGGAAUGGUUACACGAUCCAGAGCCAGAACUAUGUGACACACCAGACAUACCCGAAGAGGAUGGGCAAGCAGAGGUGACAGGCGUCCCUAUCCCAGAUGUAUCACAUGAGAAAGGCGCAGACCUGGCCGAGUCACCGGUCUCACAAAGCUCUGAUUCAACUACAUCGCCUACCGAACUCGCACCGCCAUCACCCAAUACUUCCUUUUCCGUGAUAGCACCUGAUAUAACUACCAAGACAGGCUCAGAUGCCAAAGUCAAAUCCAAACCACCACCUCCCAAGUCAAGGCGCAGCGGCCAUCAUGUCACAGAGGAACAUGAUGAUAAUCGCGGAAGAUCUGCAGUUUUACGCGAACAUCACGCCCCGACCUUGACGGUCAGCCACGAGUCACCAUCAGGGACACUACCUCUUCCGAAACCUCCAUCCACAUCAAGAUCAACGUCGAGACCAGCGCCGGCUGUGCCUCCACCGCGGAGAUCAACUCAUCAUGCAUCACCAAAUGCGACUACAUCUGACCAUCACACUUAUCAUCACAUCCAUCAAAACACCUAUCCUCCCUUACCUAUCAAAUCGAACCACAAGCCCCCGCCACCAAAGACACGUCGUUGGCAACAUGGUGCAAAGUUAUCGCAUGAGUUGUCUGGAGCUGAUGAUGAGCGGUCUGCAUCUCCUGCCUCUGUCGGAAGCUUUGCUCCUCCAACAGACUCGGAUGAUUCCCAUCCUGUACACGACUCCUCCGUAGCCAUCGAACAGACAAUGGAGAAAACGAGUCUUGAAGCUUGAAUACCAGAAACACAUUCAUCACUUGUGGCUACAAUGUAACUACUUAGUCCAUAGGAUGACCAACACUUUAGCAGCAGUGCUGAAUCAGACAAACACAGACUACAAUAUAUUGCUUAAUGUCC